GGCGUCUUCGGGCGUCUCCGGCGGCCCUCGUGUCUCCAUGGCGACGCGACCACGUGUUUGUUCCCAAGCGACGCCGCUUCCCACGCAGCUGUCAAAAGGACUGCCAAGACGUCACCCAGGACGAUCCUGAAGGAUUCUGUCAAUAAACUCGGGUUAAAAUGCCAAAGGACAUAGGAGAACUGGACCUGGUCGGGAUAAUAUCGUUCGAUGGAGCCACGAAGAAUGGAUUGCGACUGCACCCCGACCAGGAGCACCUGAUAUACCCCAUGGGGAACAAGGUCACCAUAAAAGAUAUCACCUCGGGGAAGCAGAGUUUCCUGACGGGACACACGAAUUUAAUUUCGACACUUUGCGUCUCCGUUUGCGGGAAACUCGUCGCUUCCGGUCAGAUCAAUCAUCUCGGGUUUAAGGCGAUGGUUAUCAUCUGGGACUAUGAGAGUCGGAAGAUGCUGGGCAGUUACGAGAUCCACAAAGUGAAGGUCGAGGACCUGUGCUUCUCCUGCGAUGGUAAUUUUUUAAUCAGCCUCGGUGGCAGAGACGAUGGGAACAUUGUCAUCUGGGAUGUGAACAAGAACGAAGCUAUUUGCGGCUCUUUUGCGAGCAGCGAAACGUCCGGCAAUGCAUUCACGAUUACAAAGACGAAUCUGCGAGACCAAUGUUUCGUAACCGGGGGAGAAAACACUCUGAAAGUCUGGAGAAUUAAUCCCGAGUCGAGGAAGGUUUACGGAAUGAACGUAAAGGUGGGGAAAUUAAAGCGGUCGAUUAAUUGCAUCGUUAUCAACGAAAAGGACGAAGAAGCACUUUGUGGCACCACUUCAGGGGACAUCAUAAAAGCAAGACUGAACUACUAUCGUGAUAAGACCUACAUGGAGCCUGCUCAACCUCCCAUAAUGGUUGGCUGUUAUUCGAAAAUUCCAAAAGAUCCAAAAAAAAGAAAAACUGGAGAGGGUGAUCUGUAUGGUGGCGGAGUGACAAAUCUCCUCCUCUUGGAAGACGGAAGAGUUGUGGUUGGUGCAGGAGAUGGUACGGUGGAGAUUGUCAAAAUCCUAGAUGCUCCGUUGAACACCAGCACUCAGUCGGUGAAGCUACCGAACACUCCUCAGCUUAAAGCAUACCAGGCAGAAAACGUUCGCAGUCAAGUGACAUCGAUGGCUUUGCACAAAGGUGAAUUCAUUCUCAUCGGAACAGUCUUCUGUGAGAUUUAUCAAAUACGUCUGUCAGACUUUGACAUGCGCCUCCUGGUUACUUGUCACACCAAUACGAUAUAUGACAUCGCAUUCCCACAUAAUUAUUCAGAAGUCUUCGCAACGAGUAGUAAAAAUGACAUCAGAGUCUGGCGACUCGAAACCCAAAAGGAACUUCUCAGGAUUUCUGUACUGAAUUUUAUCUGCACCAGUGUGUGCUUCUCAUUCGAUGGAGGGAUGAUAAUUUCUGGAUGGAAUGACGGACUUAUCAGAGCAUUUACUCCGCAAACUGGACGAUUGAUCUUUGCUAUCCACAAUGCUCACAUCAAGGCAGUGUCUGCCAUUGUCAUUACGAUGGAUGGCAGGAGGAUAGUCAGCGGAGGCUGCGAUGGACAGUUAAGGAUUUGGAGUAUAAGACCUGACGUGCAGCGUCUUGAAGUGAUUUUAAAGGAACACAGGGGUCCUAUUACCUCAUUACACAUAUCGAACAGCUGCGAAGAAGUAGUCAGCUCCAGUACUGAUGGAACAUGCAUCAUCUGGGACAUAAUCCGUUGUUCAAGAAAACAAGUCCUGAUAGGAAACAACAUGUAUUUGUCAGCUCGAUUUAGCCCCAACGCUGUGCAGAUCUUAACAUGUGGCACCGAUCGUAAGAUUGCAUACUGGGAGACACUGGAUGGUUCCUUGGUGAGAGAGAUCGAAGGGUCCAGCGUAGGAGCUCUGAACUGCCUUGACAUAAGUGCCGAUGGUGAACACUUUAUAACUGGGUCCAACGAUAGCAUUCUGAAGGUUUGGGAAUAUCACACCGCUGACACCACCCAUAUCGGGUUGGGCCAUGCUGCCAUCAUCACUGCCUGCAAAUUCAGUCCAGAUAAUAAGCACAUUGUGACUGUGAGUGCCGAUGGGGCCAUUAUGAUUUGGAGGUGUCCCUUUGUGCCAAGCUUGAACAAAAUUAACAAGUCAAAAGAUGUUAACAGUGUCAGGUCUAGAUCGACUUGCAGUCUUAAGGAAGAGGAAUGGAAAAAAUUAAAGUUACCUGAACUUGAGAAUGGAGGAGAAAAUGUUGCAGCUAUUAGCUCAAGGUCCGAAGCUGCUGAAAGUGUCAAAGCUAUCCAUGAAGGCGAUGCACUGGCUAUUCCCUGCAAGUGUGACCCUCUUAAACCUUCUCUAAAUUCUUGCAAAUGUAAAGGAGAAAAUAAGACACCAUUCAGUGAAAGAGGAUCGGUUAAGUCCAACAAGUCUGUUUCAUCAACGUGCUCUAAACUGAACAGAAGUGAAGGCACUGCAAAAAGUAAUAAAGUUGUUCCGAGGGAAAAGCUUUUUUGUGCUUGUGCAAAUAGUGGGAGACAAGUCAAUGAUACUCGGAGAUUAUCUGAAUCAAAUAGAUCUAUAUCGAUUCCUUCAAAUAAUCAUGGUGGUAAAGUAACUUCACCCAUUGCAAAGAAACCACCUAUAGGAACUUGUAAAGCCCACACUGUGCUAGCAUUGACUAAUUGUGGAAAAUAAAUGUAUUGAAAUUUCGUACAUAGA